AUGGAAGGACUUUACAAGCUGGAAGACUACACUUUUAAACGCCUGCUAGGAGAAGGCAUGUACUCCAUGGUCUAUUUGGCAGAGCACGUCCGCGGCAUUUUCGCUGUGAAAGUCAUUCCCAAGGGAAAGCACAGGAGGCGCGGCACCACGCACGCCCAGAAGGAAAUUGCAGCGCUCCAGCGCUUGAGCAGCACCCAGGGAGUUGCAAGCCUGAAAGAGUGGCGAGAGGACGAGUCCUCUUUUUUCAUAGUCCUUCUGUACUGCAGCGGAUAUCCCAUCAGCAGCAUGCCCUCUUUUCUCUCCGUGCAGGAGAUUUUCUAUGUUGGGCUGUCUAUUUUGGAAACCCUCAAUAGAAUGCAUCUUCUGGGUGUGUAUCACCUGGACCUCAAGCCUGCAAACGUAAUUGUCUCCGCGCACGGGACGUACAUAAUAGACUUUGGCUGCUCCUUUAUCUCUUCGGAGCGGGUUGUUGAGCUCUGCGCGCUGCCUUUUGAAGGCACGCCUGCCUACAUGGCUCCCGAAAUAAUCAAGCGCACAGAGUCGCACAUUUCUCUCGAGGCCCUUGACGUGUGGAGCUUCGGGUGCCUCCUGUACUACAUGUCCGCAGGCAGGGACGCGUUUGCAUCAACCUCCCUGUACUCGCUCUACCCGAAAAUAAUCGGCUGCAAAAUCAACUAUGCGCAAGUGUCUGACGAAAUACAGCAGGUCUGCGCAAAAAUAUUUGUACAUGACCCAAAAGCCCGAAUCUCCUUGAAGAGCCUUAUUAGCCUCUUCGGAAGCAAGAUACGCCGAUAUGCGUAG